AUUAAUGAACAGCUGACAACCGUUGUUUUGACUGACGUUCGUCAACGUUAAAAAUAAGUUAAAAGGUUUGCUGGCAAUGUACAGCGUGAAUAAUAUGCGAUUUAGUGUGUAUUUUUCACAGAGUGGUAGAUAAUACGUUAGAAGAUGCCAUUGAAAAUCAGUCUGUGCGCGAGUCUUUUUUGCGCUUUAUAAGAAAAUCUCAUUACGUGUUCGUGACAGUCUACUGCAGAUGUGAAGGGCGACAUGAGCUGGUUUGACGCGACUGGCUUCGCGAACCUGGCGAAGUCGGCCCUGAAGGAGGCCCAGAAGACGAUCGACAAGGCGUUGGACAUUGACGAGGAGGAGGUUGGGGGCCGCGGCCGCCUCGAUGCCGGAGGAGGGGGGGCCGCCGUCGCCGGCGACGAGGCAGAGGGCUUCUUCUCGUCGUGGGGGGUGAAGGCGGAGCGGAGACGGAGGCUGCCGCCCUCUUCGUCGUGCCCCGAGGUGGCGGCAGCAUCUCGACAGGAGCAGCCGGCCAGCGCCAGCCUGUGGGGCUCCUUCACCGGCUCCUUCUUCGAUAACCCGACAGCCACCGCAGGUGAUGAAGGCUUUGGAACCGGUGGCACCGGUGAUGCGAGUAGUGAAAUCACUCAGCAACCGAAAAAAGCUUGCCUCUCCGGAACGCCUUCCUCGACCGGCGAUGUUUCACCUUGGAAGAGAGGGAAAGUGUCGGGGGAAUGCAGGGAUGUCGCGACGGAGGCGGGUCUCUGCGACGACGCGAGCGAGCUGGGCGCGGAGGAGGGGUUCAGCCGGAGCCAGCUGGUGGUCGAGAGCGAGGACGGGGAGAGCGAGGCGCGCCCGCGGCUGUCCAGCUGCGAGGCCGAGGAAGACAGGUCGGCCACCGCGACAAGCCCGCACGCCGACCGCAGAGACUUAGCUGCGGUCCGGGGCGACGAGGGCCACGCCUCGUCCGAAGCGCCCAGGAGAAGGGAUGCUGCCACGCCGAGCAGCUGCAGGUACAACAGGCUGUCCGUCAUCUCGUCGGAGAGCGACAAGAAGUCCUCGGAGAGCGUGGAGGUGCUGGGCUCCGCGAGCAGCGACUGCGGCAGCGGCUUCACGACGUCUCCGGACUCGGACGUGCCGGCGAAUAGCCCCGCCGGGCCCCGGCCGUCCGUGGUCGCGAGCUCCCCCGACUCCGUGGAGGUGAUCACGGACACCCUGAGUUCCGUGGAGGUCCUGGAGGACGAUGCCAGCGGCAGGACUUCCAGGAUGACGUCUUCCCCGUACGUCUCGCCCGACGAACCCCCGCGUCCACCCGGCUUGCUGCCCGUCCAAGUGAAAGGCUGUGCACCGGACGAGCACGAUGCUACGAAAGCAACCAGCAGCUCCGCUGAUGAGAUAUCCCCGGAGAGCGUGGAAGUGAUCCCGGAGGAGGAGGAGGACGAGGAGGACGCGAGCGUGGCUGACGACAGCUACACCUCCGCCUCCGAGAGCACCGCCACGGUGACGGCGGCUGCCGUCCUGGAGCCCUCGCCGCUGCCCAGGUCCCCCCUCCUCAGGCCGCUGGCGGACCCGCCCAGCGCGGAGAGCUCCCUCUGCUCCAGCUCCCUGAGCUCCAGGACGGACGCCAGCCCCGCGCCCAGGUGCCCGCAGCACGGCUUGAGCGCCUCGGAGAGCGCUGUGUUGCCCUCCGAGAUCCCGGAGGACCCCGCCAGGAUGCACGGCCGGGCCGGCCUGCAGUUGCCGCUGGGCCAGGACGCCCCGAGGACACCCAGGGCCCUCAGGAAGUGCGAAACUAGCGAGGGCGCGUCCCGGAACCCCCGGGUGAGGUCGGCGACUGACAGCAGCGGGGAGGGCACCGUCCUCGGGAGCGGCUCCGACGACGAAGUCACCUCCAUCGUCGGAGGGGACGCGAGGCAGUCGGGCUCCCUGUACGUGAGGACGAUGCUGGCGGAUGCGAUGGGUGACGAAGACGCGAGGGACGCGAGGCAGGACCAACCGUCCGUCCCGGCAGGGGAUCAGUCGCCCAUAUCCUCGGAAAGUCGAUCCGACAUGCUGAAGGUGGAGUCCGAGCAAACGAGCGAACACACGUCGGGCGACGAGCUGGAAACCACGACGUCGUCCGACAUAGAAAUAAUCUCGAGCCCGAACGGGGACAGCAGCAGCACGCACUCUCGGCUCAGCCCGGCCAAGCUCGUGCCGGCCGUCGGCAAGGGCCGGGGCGUCGCCGCGGCCGAGCACUCGGACUCCCCCACCUCCGGCCUGCUGCUGAGGCUCGCGGGUCCCAAGGCCAAAGGUCAUCAGAGGGAGUUGUCUGAAACGUCUAGUGGUGGUUCAGAAGAAGAGCAUUCUGUCGAAGUGAAGAAGUUGAUGAGAAGAAUUGCAGAAAUGACAGAAAUAAUUGAAGUGCGGGAAUCAAGGCUUAUUGAACUGAGCAGGAUCAAUGUGGAACUUCAGGAAUCAAACAGUAAUAUUAAAAGGCAGCUGGAGGCGGCCGGCGAUCGCCAGGACGCCCAGCAGGUGCGAGAGGACCACACCCAGCGGCUGUCCGCGCUGGAGCGCCGGUGCCAGCAGGCGGCGCGGGAGUCCGAGGAGCUCCGGGCGCUGUGCGGGGAGAAGGACGACCUGAUCCGCCAGCUCACGGCCGAGGGGGAGAAGCUGUCCAGGAAGGAGCUGGGCUACUGCAACCGCAUCAAGGAGCUCAAGGCCAGGGAGGCGGAGGCCGACGGCACCGCCAGGAGCCUCAAGGCGCAGCUCGGGAGCCUGGGCCAGGAGGCGGAGCGGCUGAAGCUGGCGCUGGCGGCCAAGGAGGGCGCGGAGCGACGGCACACGGAGGCGGUGGACCGGCUGGCCGCGGCCAACCGCCGGCAGGAGAAGGAGCUGGCUCGCCUUCGCUCCCAGCUGGAGGACGCCCAGGCCCGCGGCGCGAAGCUGGCCGAGGCGGCGGAGACGGCGCGCAGGGAGCUGGAGGAGAGCAAGGAAACCGUCUCCCGGAGGGAGAAGGAACUCCAGGAGGCCCGGCUGAGCGCAGAGCUGUCCGUGCGGCAGGAGAUGUUGGCCGCGCUGGAGGAUGCGCGGAGCACGGCGCAGAGCGAGCGCGACGAGCUGGAUCUGGAAGUGAAGAGACUUCGAGUGGCUCUGAGCCAGGCAGCUGAGGAACACAAAAGCCAGGAGAGCUGCCUGCGCCGGCAGUGCGCGGAGGCCCUGCAGCGGCUGGAGCGGGCCGAGGCUCGCAGCGAGGAGCUGGCCCAGGCCGUGUCGGCGGCCACGAGGCCCCUGGUGCGGCAGCUCGAGUCCCUCCGGGCGUCCUCCGGCGCGCAGCUGGCCUCCUGGGAGCAGCAGGAGCGGGUCCUCGCCGACACCGUGGAUGAACUGCAAACGAAGCUGAACUCUGUGUCGGAGCAAGAACGUGCGUGGCGGGAGCAGUGUGCAUCCAUGAGCGCCCGUGUGUCUGGCUUGGAGUCGCGGUUGUCGUCUGCUGUGAAGGAGGCAGCCCAGUACAAACUGGAAAUAGAACGGCUUCAAGUAGAAAUGAAUCAGCUGAAGAGUUCGAGAGAUAAGGAAGUUUCAGUUGCGGACUCGCUGCGGCGGUCGGCGGCGGAGCAGGUGGCGGAACUGCGGCGGGAAGUGACGGUGCUGGAGCAGCAGCUGGGGGUGGAGAGGGCGGCCACCGAGGCGGAGAAGCGCCGGACUGCCCUCCUGCAGGACCAGUUGAGGGAGAGAGACGUGCGGGAGAGUAGGGACCAGCCAGGGCAGCAGGGCUCCCCUGCGUUCUCUCAGCGCUCGUCGCCCACGCUGAGUUUCGGCCGGGCCUCGCUUCCCGAGUCUUUCUCCAGCAUCGCUUGGGCGCAGAACUCGGACGACAUGUUCGAGUCCGGGUCCACGUCGGGCCGCCUGUGCAACGUCUACGACAGCCUGCGGGCGGGGAACACCACGUCUCUGCUGGAAGGGCUGCAGUCCCAACUGAAGCUCAGGGACGGCGAGGUGCAGCAGCUGCAGUGGGAGCUGGGGCGGCGCGACGGGGAGCGGGCGGCCCUCACCGCCGAGCUGGCCCAGCUGACGGCCCGCCUGCAGGACCAGGGGGAGCAGCUGCAGGGGCUCUCCGAGCUGCGGGAGGCGCACGGGGACCUGCAGCGCAAGUACGACGCCCUGCUGCAGAUGUACGGGGAGAAGGUGGAGGAGGCCCAGGAGCUGCGGCUCGACUUGGAGGACGUCAAGGAGGCGUACAAGACCCAGAUCGAUCAACUUCUGAAGAAGGAGCCAUUGAGUUGAACCGUGUCGGAAUGGGACAAUUAUAUUUAUAUUUAUUUGCCAAUGCCAAAAAUAAUGUCCAACAGGCAACCCUAGGCGCAUGCACAUACUUUACCAUUAUAUACAUAUUGGUGUUAAAAAGUAGUCUGACUUUGUAAAUACAUUUGUUGUUGUCUUUUGUAUAUAACCAGUUUUGUUAUUGAAAGAAAUUUUAUGCACCUGUGAUAUAUGUACAUAUUCUGCUUGUUCAUGGCUGUGUUCUGUCACUCAGUUGUGUUGGUGUAGGAUGUCACAGAGAACAGUUAUGAGACAGCAGCGUCGCAAGUAUUUUAGAGUUCUAAGGCCUUGAUUUUUUUUAAAAGGCCUUGUUCAAGUCAAUAUGUUAUGAUAGUUAUGCAGCGGAUUCAGAAUUUUAUCAUUAUUUUUUAAUAUACGUUCUAAUUGACACACUGGAUUUGACAUAUUUUUUUUCACACUUCCUAUGUUAAGAAAUCUUGCUGCACAUUUUUUCAAGCAUUUCCAAGUUCUCGUACUACAUAAUUCCAGUUCGACAUUCUUGCAUUGUACUAUUACCUGUAACCAAGCCUGUUGGUUUAGUUUUGUUAUCUACAGUAAAUAUUUAAGCUCUUGUUAUUAGUAUUAAAAUUUUAGAUCAUUGAUGGAGAAAGUACAUAUGUAGUUAAUUUUGUUGGAAUGUGAGACAUGAGCUUUAUUGAAGCUGUGGGACAUGGUGUAUUUUUACUCUUUUUAAAUCACUGUUUGAAAUUUAUUUAUAUGCAUUCCCUGUGAAAAUAAAUUGUGUUUAAAAACUUAAGA